GUACUGCUCUCCCUCAUUCUCUCUCUCUCUCUUUCUCACUCUUUCUUCAAUUCUCACGCAUUCACGUACUCUGUCAGCCUUUCCUCGCUCCUUGCUCCGCUGGGAACAUGGCGGCUUCCGGCGAGCACCGACCGCUCGGCGGCGGCUCCCCCUACCCUCGCGAGCUCGACUCCAAGGCUCCCUUCCUCAACGUCAAGCUCUACGUCCUCAUCGGCAUCCUCGCCCUCUGCGCGCUCUUCGUCGCCCUCCUCGCCUACCUCUGCGUCCGCCUCCGCCGGGCCUCGAGGAAGCGCCGGGCGCUGGGGAAGAACAGCUCCGGCCUGAUCCCGCUCGUCUCCAAGGAGAUCGUGGAGAUCAAGGCGGUGGAUCGAGCUGACCGGAGCGCCGGGGGGGCGGCGAAAGUGGAGAGCGUCGUCGUGGUGGAGUUCGAGGGGGAGAAGCGGAGCGACGCCGAGAUCGCGAGCGGGAGCGGGAGCGGAGUCGGAGGGAAGAAGAGCGGGGAGAGCGACGGCGCUUCCAGCGGGAGCAGGAGCGACGCCGCGGCGGCCGCCGAGGUGCAUGGGAACAUCGGCUGGGGGCGCUGGUACAGCUUGAGGGAGCUGGAGGUCGCGACGUGCGGGUUCGCGGCGGAGAAUGUGAUCGGAGAAGGAGGUUACGGGAUCGUGUACAGAGGGGUCCUGGACGAUGGCUCCGUCGUCGCCGUGAAGAGCCUUCUCAACAACAAGGGUCAGGCCGAGAAAGAAUUUAAGGUGGAGGUAGAAGCAAUUGGGAAAGUAAGACACAAGAAUUUGGUAGGUCUAAUUGGCUAUUGUGCGGAGGGGGCUAAAAGAAUCCUCGUUUAUGAGUAUGUCGACAAUGGCAAUUUGGAGCAGUGGUUACAUGGCGAUGUUGGGUCGGUUAGCCCUCUGACCUGGGAUAUUCGAAUGAAAAUUGCUAUUGGAACAGCAAAAGGGCUAGCAUAUUUGCAUGAAGGUUUAGAACCCAAAGUAGUGCAUCGAGAUGUAAAGUCCAGCAACAUUCUCCUAACUAGAAAAUGGAAUCCAAAAGUAUCAGAUUUUGGAUUGGCAAAGCUUUUAGGACCCGAGGCAAGUUAUGUGACUACACGUGUAAUGGGCACCUUCGGCUAUGUCUCUCCAGACUAUGCAAGCACUGGCAUGCUUAAUGAAGGGAGCGAUGUGUACAGCUUUGGAGUUCUACUCAUGGAGCUGAUUACUGGAAGGAGUCCUAUUGACUAUUCUAGACCAGCUGGAGAGAUGAAUUUGGUGGACUGGUUUCGAGGAAUGGUAGCAAGUCGUCGAGGAGAAGAUAUUGUGGAUCCUCUAAUUGCAGAUCCACCAUCUCAGAGAGCUUUUAAGCGUGCGAUAUUAGUUUGCCUGCGCUGUGUGGACUUGGAUUCUAUUAAGAGGCCAAAGAUGGGACAAAUUGUUCACAUGCUUGAGGCAGAUGAUUUCCCUUUUCGUGCCGUAAGUUAA